UUUUCGCAGCCCAGUUGUUUUUUACAUGUGCCACUCUGCACGACCCCGCGCCCUUUUGUCGCGACAGCGUUUGCAGCGACCGGUGAUCAUCUGAGCGCCCGAGCCCGACGUCGGAGGGAGAAAUGAAAGCGCUGGCCUCCCGAGCCGUCCGGAUCUGCGAUUGUUUGUGGCAGCCCAAGCCGGCGCUUUUGUCCCCGGGGUGACGCGCGGCCCUCCGCCGCCCAGACAGAUGGUGCCAGGCCAGGUGCCCCGUCAGCUCCCCUGGAGGGAUGCCCUCCCCUUCUUCCUCCUGUCCCCACUAAUGGGCCUUCUCAGCUGGGCCUGGAGCCGGCUGAGGGGCCCAGAACCUCCAGAGCCCUGGCUGGUGGAAGCAGUAACGAGUGCAGAUCAGGGAGAAGCUGGCCUGGAGGGAGAAGCUAAGGCUGCUUUGGCCACCCACUAUGCCCCCUGGGGCAGGUACCCUCAGGGAAAGGCUGGAGACCAUGGAACAGAUGUGGAGGAUAGAGAAUCAUCCUGGGGGUCCUGCCCUGCCCUGAAAUCCAGCAGUUCUCUUCUUGAAGCCUGGGAACUUUCAGAUGGUGGGGAAGAAGCAACCAGCGUCCCUACAGAGCCGGGAAAUGAAUAUAUACAUGGCCAGCCUGCUCCCCUGUCUCCCAGCCUUCAAAGAACCCUGCAAGACCCUCCUGAGGAGGAGGAACCUGCGGAAGGAGGAGUCGCUGAAGAUGAAGUGAUCACAUUCUUCUCUAUCCCUCUUUCACACUGGGAGCAGCGUUGCCCAGGGGUGGAGGAAGAGGAUGGAAAAGCUGUAAAUAAAGCUCCCAAAGCUUGGGUGUAUUGCCCGGGGGAGGAAGAGGCUCCAGCCAAGGAGGAAGGAAGAACAGAGAAUAAAGAAAGCAGGAAGACCUCCAUUUCCUCUUCAUCUUCUGGCUCCCAUCCCAGCGCCUGGGGGUGUUAUUUAGGAGAGGAGUCUGAGGAAGAGGAUGGAGAAGCUGGCCCAGAGCCACACUCUUCCGCUCCAGGCCACAGGCCCCUGCUCAGGACCUGGCAGCAUCAACCCAAUAAGAUCACAGAGGAAGAUGCAGAGGAGGAUGAGGACAGUGUUUCAGGAGAAGUUGAGGGUCUGUCUACCAUCCCCUCCACAAGUGCUUUCAUCAAGGCCUGGGUGUAUCAGCCAGGAGAAGACCUGGAGGAGGAGGAGGGGGAGGAGGAAGAGGACAGUAAUUCAGGAGUAGCUGAGGAAGAAGCUGAGGGUCCCUUUUCCAUUCCUCACACAAGUACCUCCUUGAGGGCCUGGGUGUACCGACCAGAAGAGGAUACAGAGGAGGAGGAGGACAGUGAUUCAGAAGCAGCUGAAGAGGAGGAAGCUGAAGGUCCCUCUUCUAUCCCUCCCACAAGUGCCUUCUUGAGGGCCUGGGUGUACCGACCAGGAGAGGACACAGAGGAGGAGGAGGAGGAAGACAGUGAUUCAGGAGCAGCUGAGGAAGAGGGAGAAGCUCAGGGUCCCUCUUCCAUCUCUCCCACAAGUACCUUCUUGAGGACCUGGGUGUACCGACCAGGAGAGGACACAGAGGAGGAGGAGGAGGAAGACAGUGAUUCAGGAGCAGCUGAGGAAGAGGGAGAAGCUCAGGGUCCCUCUUCCAUCUCUCCCACAAGUACCUUCUUGAGGACCUGGGUGUACCGACCAGGAGAGGACACAGAGGAGGAGGAGGACAGUGAUUCAGAAGCAGCCGAGGAAGAGGGAGAAGCUCAGGGUCCCUCUUCCAUCCCUCCCACAAGUACCUUCUUGAGGGCCUGGGUGUACCGACCAGGAGAGGACACAGAGGAGGAGGAGGAAGACAGUGAUUCAGGAGCAGCUGAGGAGGAGGAAGCUGAAGGUCCCUCUUCCAUCCCUCCCACAAGUGCCUUCUUGAGGGCCUGGGUGCACCAACCAGGAGAGGACACAGAGGAGGAGGAGGAGGACAGUGAUUCAGAAGCAGCCGAGGAAGAGGGAGAAGCUCAGGGUCCCUCUUCCAUCCCUCCCACAAGUACCUUUUUGAGGGCCUGGGUGUACCGACCAGGAGAGGAUACAGAGGAGGAGGAGGAGGAAGACAGUGAUUCAGGAGCAGCUGAGGAGGAGGAAGCUGAAGGUCCUUCUUCCAUCCCUCCCACAAGUGCCUCCUUAAGGGCCUGGGUGUACCGACCAGGAGAGGACACAGAGGAGAAAUAUGAGAAGAAUGAGGAUGAGAAAGAUGAUUCAGAAGCAGCUGGCUCAGGGCCAAAUUCUUCCCUUCAGGCCCAGAGUGCCCACCUCAGGGGCUGGACACGUCCACCUGGAAAGGAGGCAGAGGGACAGGAAGCUGCAAAGAAGUGGGGAGAAGUUGAGUCCCACCCCUUUCGAGUGGCCAUCUAUUUACCAGGGGAGAAGCCACCACCUCUCUGGGCUCUUCCUCAACUGCCUCUCCGGCUGCAAAGGCGGCUCAAGUCUGCAGAAACCCCCACCCAGCAUCUGGACCCUGAGACUCCCCAAAAGGCUAGAAAGGUACACUUCUCUGAGAAGGUCUCCAUCCAUUUCCUGGUUGUCUGGGCUGGACCAGCCCAGGCUGCCCGCCGGGGCCCCUGGGAACAGCUUGCCCGGGAUCGAAGCCGCUUUGCCCGCCGAAUUGCCCAAGCCCAGGAGAAACUGGGCCCCUGCCUCACCCCUGCAGCUCGGGCCAGGGCCUGGGCACGCCUCCAGAACCCUUCUCCUUCUCUGGCUGCCAUACCUGCCACUACCCAGGCCUUGCCCACAUCCUCUGUCCAGGGUACACCCUUGAGCCAAACUGUGGCCUCUCCCUCCCCUGUUUAUGUAUCAUGUCCCCCUGCCUAGACCUCAGUAGGAGGCAUGGCUGGGAUCAGGUGUUUAUUGUGUUAUUUAUUAUUCACUUAUUUAUUUAAGAAAUAAAGCCUUUUGAUUUG